UCUUGCGUAACAUGAGUACACUUAUUUAAGCCCACAAAAAGAAUACAGCAGAAGAAUUCAGGAAAACAAGACACAUCUCUUAUAUACUAUGCAGCUGAAAAACUCAUUCUGUUUGGGGCACAGAUUUCCUCAGAACAGAAGAACUGAAGUAAAGUCAAAGCAGCAGAAGUUUCUGUUUAUCUGACAGAUUACAGCCUGUUGAUAAGCACAUAUUAUUUUAUUCCUGCUUGAAGACCUUGUGUUUUAGCUCUACAUCUGACUUAAGAUGCCUGAAAACCAAAGUAAAUCCUCCAAUCCUGAAUCUUCUGGAAGUGAUCAAACCGCUUCCAAGAAAGGGGAAGAUCCUGAUCCUAAACUAGAUCAAAUAGUUGAGGAGUUGACAUCAUAUUUCAAAAAGUUUUCUCACUUUGAAAGAGAUAUUAAAAGGAAAUAUAAAAAAUAUUUGAAAAUAAGGGAAGAUAAAGAGCUUUAUAAUACUACACUGCCUGAUUGCUGGCCAGUUUGGUUCAUCCAAAGAGCUUCGAAAAAAACAAAAGAAAUGUACAAAUUCUCAAGAAGAAGAAAAUGCUGGUCUCUUGCUAUAAUGCUGCAAUUGAUGAAAAGAAGUCAGGGUUAUGAUGAGAGUGAAGAAGAACAGAAAAAUGAUGAGAGUGAAAGAGAAGAAGCACAGUCUGAUCUGAAGGAGGAUAAUCAGCAGUCUGGAGGAGAUCCCAGUGCUAAUAAGCAUGUCUACAUACGCAUCCCAUUCGCAGAGAUGAUUGACAAAAAAAAAUACAAGGCAGAUGAAAACGCCACAGAAACAGAUGAAAACGACAAAAAAUGCAAGGCCUCAAAUACAGUUGCAAUGGAAAUCAUGAACAGCCCUAAUGAAAACACAUACAAAUUAAUAGACAAAGUCCCUUCACCUACUCAAAUACUCCAAAACAAUUUUUACAUUACAUUAUAUGACAAUCGAACCAGGAAUGCUGCAUGGGUGUAUGAGAUACUGAACAAGAGUCCAAAAUCUAAUAAAAAAGUUUAUAGGGUAAACAACUUUAAAGAUGAUACUUUAGUUCAUCCCCUCUUCCGACCAUCUGUGGAUCCAUAUAAGAAUACAGCAUACAACCGAGGUCAUCUUGCUGCGGUUGCCAAUCACAAGUGGUGUCAGGAAGCCUGCAAUGACACUUUUUAUAUAACCAAUACUGUACCACAGCAGAGGCACUUUAACAAAGUCCUGUGGAGUGAUUUGGAGGAACUUUGCCGGAAAAUAGCUCAGAAAAAAGAAGUCCGUAACGUCCAUGUGUACACUGGACCACUUUACCUACCAAGCAAUAGUAAAAAGAAAAAUAAUAAUGAAAAUAAAAGUGAAAAGCCUGUGGAAUCCAGGGGAGAGAAUAAUGAAAAGAAUAGUAAUGAACAACAUAAAAGCGAAGGGUGUGUGAAAUACAAGUUUUUGCGAGGGAAAGCAGUACCAACUCACCUGUUUAAGGUGAUAAUUGUGGAGAAUGAGGACGGGACAGUACUAAAACCAGAGUGCUAUAUGAUGAAAAAUGAGAAGCUAGCUGAUUCAAACUCCAGGGAAGAAUUAACCAUAGAGGAAUAUCGAAAUAAACUGAAAGACUACAACAAGUCAAUUGAUGUAAUCCAGAAAAACUCUGGGAUGAUCUUCGAAGAAACGGAAAUCAGAGAGGAAAUGGAGGACGGAACAUGGAAAGCGCAUUGGAGGAAAAAUCCUGAUGAAGAAGGAAAAGGAACAAAGAUAGAAGUCACAGUAAGCGGCUCAUAUACUGAUCACAGAGAUCGUGCUGUACUAUACUGAAACACAGCGAGUUGUGUUUGAUCUGGUGUGUUUGGAUGGCCUGACCAUCUGUAGAGGAAAAGGGAACGCUUGUUUGACUAUACAAUUGCAACUGUUGUUGAAACUUUUUAUUAUUAUUAUUACUUUUUUAUAAAUGCACGACUUGGACCAAAAACCACAGAAAAGCGGCAGUCAAGUGUGUUCAACAGGAACUCCAAUACUGUGUAAAACAUUUCACAUGGAGACAUUAUAACGUUGUGUAAAAUUACAAUAUACUUUGAGAAAGCUAAAAUAUAACAGAUUUGAUUUAAUUCACCUUUUUUAAUUCCUACAUAACUCCAAUGUAUAGUUUAUUAUUCUUAAAUAUGUAAAAAAACAUAAUAAUAAUAAUGAGUUUCCAAAUGUGUAACUGAGUGAACAGCAUUCAGUGAGAUAUUAAUAGAUAUUUGCUCAUUUUUUCUUUGAAAUGUUUGCAGUGAUUCUGUAUUUGUUUUCUAAGACACUUUCUCCUUCACUGUGACAAAUAUAAAGAGGUGACAGAGAAAACCAAAUACUGAUUUUGUUCAUGUCUUGAUAUGCCUGUUUUACAGGUCACAUUAUAUUACAGACAAGUAUAUUUGAUUAAUUACUUGAUUGACAUCUUAUUCUAAUACUUUAAUAUUUGCUGUUGUUAUAUUGUUUCAUUUUCUUGUCAUUAUUUCUUUUGUGUAGUAAUGAUUUGACACUAUUGUUUGUAGACACAUCACGCUAAUAAAGUAUCUGAACUGAA